UCAAUCUGUUGAUUACCAAAUUUUGAUAAGUUAGAUUGCUUUUGAGCAUUUCGAUAAGUCUGGAACGUUAAAACACAACUUCUCAAUUAGAUCAAGAGCUAGUUCGCAUGUCAACACAUCGGUCAUUAUCAGCAAACUCUUGACUGUUAAUCCCAUUUUUGAGUCAAGUAAAAAUUGAGGAUUUAAAAGAUGAUUUGUCCAAAGACAGAACUCCACAGAAGGAAGAAUCAAAGAGCACAACUAGUGAAUCCCAAAGAGCUGAAAGCAUAUUCAUGACUCCAAAGACUUUUACCAAGACAGAUUCAGAGUGUAAAUCUAGUGCAUCUUCAUCAGCUCAGAUCAAGAAAUAUUCCCUUGCUGAGAUUCUUUCAGUAUUCAAAAUAAUGGGAAACUUUUCUGGCAUAUCUGACACAUAUGAGAAUGGGCAGAAAUCAGUAAUCGAAAAGCCAAACCCCGGGACUCUUAAGCUAACCAGAAAGAUUCAAGAUGUCCUGAGUAUCUCCAAGCCUUGCUACAUCCUCGAAAAUGAGAAUGCUGAGCUCACCAGGCUCUCUACUAGAACUCCUCUCGGCCAAAGAACCAACCUCAAGACCAAUCCAUGCAAUGACUUGUCCCUAAAAUUCCUGCACGACCUAGAGACUGAACUUAAGCAUAUCGGUCCGCUAAACAUCCUAGAAGAGGCAGACCCUGAGCACGAACUUGACAGCGACGAAGACUCUUGUUCCUAA